AUGACGGAAAAAAGGGAACGAGAGAGCAGCGGAAAAGUCUAUCUCGUCAAAGAAGUUAAUGAUGCAACCAUUUGGUUUCUUAUAUUCAGGUAUAAGUUGCCACUGGAUCAGGCAAUCAUGACCAAACUUGGUUUUAAUAGUGAGUUUGUGGCCACUAUUAUGCGAUGUGUCACCUCUGUUAUAUUCACCGUUAAUGGAUCACUCACUAGGGAAUUUACCCUAUCUAGGGGACUUCGGCAAUGCGAUCCGUUAUCACCUUUUCUUUUUCUUUUUGUGACUCAAGGUUUAUCGGUUUUAUUUCACAAGGCGCAAAGAGAGGGUACGAUCAAGGGCAUUCGUGCUUGCCGAGGUGGACCGCCUGUGUCACAUUUAUUAUUUGCAGAUGAUAGCUUGUGUUCAUGCAGAAUUCUAUAUCAGAUGCGACACAUUAAGGAAAUUCUACAAGUCUACGCUGAGUCUUCUGGACAAAAUGUGAACUCGGAUAAAUCAAUAAUAUAUUUCAGCCCCAAGACCAUUGAUGAUCAUCGCCGACAGUUAACGAACAUACUUGGUAUUCAGUCGGUUGCAUCCCUCGGUCUCUAUUUGGGCUUACCAUUAUACAUUGGGAAGAACAAAAUUGACGCCUUUGGAUAUCUACGAACCAAAAUGGUUGACCGUGUUGAAGGAUGGACAAAGCGACGGUUAUCUUAUAGAGGUAAAGAGAUUUUCCUUAAAUCAAUGGCACAUGUUUUACCUCAGUACGCUAUGUCUUGUUACAUGCUUCUGGAGUGGUUGCUUAAUGACAUGACUGUUGUAAUGCGACAUUACUGA